UUAACGGCUUAUGUACAAUAAUGAGUCAACCAUGACCUUCUCCAACCUUCCCUCCAUCUCCAACUUUGGGCAACCGAGUCGAGAUUUUCCAAGAAGACCCAAGAAACGAUGGCUGACGUUAAACCCCCGUUCACGGAGGAAUCGGCGCGGAAGAAGGUCAAGGCUGCCCAGAACCUAUGGAAUACUAUGGAUCCCAUGCGAGUUGCACAGGCUUAUACGCCCACAUGCAUUUGGCGUAAUCGCACUUCAUUCUUCUCCGGAACAGAAGGGAUUAUUGAAUUCUUGACAGCCAAGUGGAAGCGCGAAGCGAACUAUAAGCUGCGAAAAGAGCUAUUUUCCUUCAACGAUAACCGCAUCGCAGUGCAAUUCUGGUACGAAUACCAAGAUGUUGAAGAUGGUCUGCGCUGGAAGCGAUGCUAUGGUCUCGAAGACUGGACCUUCGAUCGAGAAACAGGAAAGAUGUGUAAGAGAAUGAUGAGUGGGAACGACGUACUUAUCGGUCCUGAUGGGAAUGGGGAGGGAAGAUGGUUUGUGGAAGGUGUUGAUCUUGAAGACGUGGAAAUUGGAGAGGAGCAUUGGUGAUGGGUAGCUUCUAAACCCCUGCACGCUUGGAGCUGCUGUCGUUGAUUUGCCCAGCAGGUACAUAUGGUUCAUAGGUAUUCGUGGGGAAUAGAAGAGACGGCGACAGCGGUUGACAAAGUAUGGAAGAGGUACAGUGGGUUCCAUCUUACGGUUGCGUUUUGCUUCUGCCUGGAUAUAUUCUGACAAAAUUGGAAACUCUAUA